AUGGCAGCUUUCAACCUCACCCCCUCUGACCCUUCAAUGUUCAUCCUCAUGGGCAUCCCUGGCUUGGAAGUUGCCCAUGUCUGGAUUUCCAUCCCUUUCUCUAUGUUCUAUAUUAUUGGCCUGUUGGGAAAUUUUGUGGUUUUGUUUGUUGUAGGCAAAGAGCAGACUCUGCACAAGCCAAUGUACCUGCUGGUCUGCCUGCUGGCACUCACUGACAUCAGCAUGUCUACCUCUAUCAUACCGAAGGCACUAUGUAUAUUUUGGUUCAAUUUGAAAGGAAUUACAGUGGUUGGCUGCCUCACCCAGAUGUUCUUCCUUCAUGCUGCUUCUGUUAUGCACUCAGCCGUCCUUGUGACAAUGGCCUUUGAUCGCUAUGUUGCCAUAUGUAACCCUCUGAGAUAUGCGACCAUCCUCACCAACGCACGAAUAGCUAAGCUAGGGCUCUUGGGUUUGAUAAGAGCUGUUCUCUUCAUUCUGCCUAUGCCCCUGCUCCUGAGUAGGCAGCCAUUCUGUGCCAACCGCAUUAUCCCCCACAUGUAUUGUGAGCACAUAGCUGUGGCAAAGAUGCCAUGUGGGGACACCACAGUCAACAGGACAUAUGGCCUGGUGAUAGCGUUUGUAGUCAUCUGGUUAGACCUGAUGCUCAUUGCCCUGUCCUAUGGUCUGAUCAUCAGGGACAUCCUCAGAGUUUCCUCCAAGGUAGUCCACCAGAAAGCCCUCAAUACCUGCACAUCUCACAUCUGUGUGAUGCUGAUGUCUUAUACUCCCUGCCUCUUCUCCUAUCUGACUCAGAGGUUCGGUCAAGGCAUCGCUCCCCAUCUUCACAUCAUCUUGGCCAGCUUCUACUUCCUUGUCCCCCGCAUGCUCAAUCCUAUCAUUUAUGGGGUAAAAACCAAAGAGCUUCAUGAAAAAGUGGGCAAAUAUAUGUGCAGAAGGUGA